AUGAGUGCAGUUUCUUCGGUAACGCCGGCGACCGUCGCCAGCGUUGCGGCCCCGCCGGAUGGCACCAUCGAUCCGUAUUCGAAGGAUGCUAUCAACCAGUUAUUUCGUCGCCAGCCGCAGAGGUUUCGUUUUGUGAGCAAAUUCAACGCUAAAAGUGCCUCCUGGAAAGACUUCGAACUCGUGUAUCUCGACAACCAUCUCAAGGAUUUCGCGCGAUGCGUCCACUGUAAGAGCUUCGUGACGUACUCGAGUAAAAAAGGUACCGGAGGCAUGCUCCGUCAUCGAUGUGUGGGCAAGGACGGCCCAGCGUCGGAUGGAGACUCGCCUCCGGCAAAAAAAUCCAGCACGGCCGCCGCGCCGAGAAACCUAUCGCCCAGACCCCUCACCCUACUAGCGGGAACUCCCGCCCCGAGACCCGUGAACGGCGUGUGCGCCUUGCUCAAUAUACCGAAGCAAGGAGGAACCCCCAUACAGACCAUCCUCUACAAUCCCGAACAGGGCCUACGAAUACAGAACCUUGCCAAACUGGGUUUAACCGUGCAGAAAGCGGCUCGAGAUGGGAAAAAUUCCCCUCCGAUCCCAGCCAGUGCCGUCACGAACGUGUCCAUAACGAAAGUACUCGUCCCGGAAGUGAAAACGGAAGUCAGAAGUGACGACCAUCUUUCUCCGGCAGGACAAGAAAUCGAAACGGCAACGCGGGCUGACAGGGUUAUGAAAGAAGAGAAAUUGCACGAGGUUAACGGAGUCGAGCAAAUCGUAUCGAACGUCGAAAUCCACGAAGAUAUCAGCUACGAUGCUCCGAGCAGCAUAUCGGACGACCCGAGGAACGGCGACUUUUCGCUUCUGACUGCCCCAGCGGAAGUCCAGCUCGCCGAUCUGCAAGUGCGACAUGAGAUCGAGGAACACAACGCCAGAAUGGAGCUGUACAAAAAGAAAAUGGAAAUUGUUGAAAUGAAGAAAGAGUUUUGGAAAUCGAAGCUCAAGGAGCUGAAAGUCAACUUUUGA